UACAGGCGUAACCGACCACAACUCCCAGCAGUACGUCCGGCUUCACGGGGGUGCUUCACGUUCUCAUGGCGCGACGCAGGCGCACUCAGUCCUCGGCGCGGACCGCGCAGACUGAAUAAUAAAAGGGGAGCGGCGAAGAGGGAGGAAGACAGGACCAUGUCGAAGGGCCCCGGGCCUGGCGGCUCCGCGGCUUCCUCGGCGCCCCCGGCCGCCACCGCCCAGGUGCUGCAGGCGCAGCCCGAGAAACCGCAGCACUACACGUACUUAAAGGAGUUUCGAACAGAACAGUGCCCGCUCUUUGUGCAACACAAAUGUACCCAGCACCGGCCCUAUACCUGCUUCCACUGGCACUUUGUUAACCAGCGUCGCCGUAGGUCCAUCCGCCGCCGAGACGGUACCUUCAACUAUAGCCCUGAUAUCUACUGCACCAAGUAUGAUGAGACCACAGGCCUAUGUCCAGAAGGAGAUGAGUGCCCGUUCCUGCAUAGAACCACAGGGGACACUGAGCGGCGGUACCACCUACGCUACUACAAAACUGGAAUCUGCAUCCACGAGACUGAUUCUAAAGGAAAUUGUACUAAAAAUGGCCUGCACUGCGCCUUUGCUCACGGGCCCCAUGACCUCCGUUCUCCUGUCUAUGACAUCAGGGAGCUCCAGGCUAUGGAGGCCUUACAGAAUGGUCAGACUGCAUCUGAGGGCAGCAUUGAGGGUCAGUCAGCGGUGGCCGCAAGCCACGCCAUGAUAGAGAAAAUCCUCAGCGAGGAGCCGCGGUGGCAAGACACAACCUAUGUCUUAGGGAAUUACAAGACUGAGCAGUGCAAGAAGCCUCCUCGGCUCUGUCGCCAGGGAUACGCCUGCCCGUACUACCAUAACAGCAAAGACAGACGGCGGAGCCCCAGGAAACAUAAAUACAGGUCCUCCCCUUGCCCAAGUGUGAAACACGGGGAUGAGUGGGGCGACCCUGGCAAAUGUGAAAAUGGAGAUGCCUGCCAAUACUGUCAUACUCGAACGGAGCAACAGUUCCACCCGGAGAUCUACAAGUCUACCAAAUGUAACGACAUGCAGCAGUCGGGCAGUUGUCCCCGAGGUCCUUUCUGCGCCUUUGCCCAUGUUGAACAACCCCCCCUUGGUGAUGACUUUCAGUCUUCUUCAGCUGUUCCCAGUCCUACACAGGCUGGCCCCGUGAUGUACAUGCCAUCAGCAGCAGGGGACUCGGUGCCCGUGAGCCCCUCCAGCCCUCAUGCCCCAGACCUUAGUAACAUUCUUUGUAGGAACAGCAGUCUGGGUAGUCCAUCUAACCUCUGUGGCUCUCCCCCGGGCACUAUCCGAAAGCCACAAAGCCUAGAAGGCAUCAGCUUCCCUGGGGAGGCAAGCCCAGCGCCUGGCAGUUACAAGAAGGCACCUGGCUUUGAGAGGGAGGACCAAGUGGGAGCUGAAUAUCUGAAAAGCUUCAAAUGCCAGGCCAAAAUAAAGCCCCAUUCUUUGGAACAUAGGAGCCAGGAGCAGCCUCUGAUGCAGCCCAAACAGGACAUACUGGGUAUCCUCCCAGUGGGCAGCCCCCUGACGUCCAGCAUCUCUUCUAGCAUCACUUCCAGCUUGGCAGCCACCCCACCCAGCCCCGCAGGCCCCAGCAGUGUCCCCGGCAUGAAUGCAAACGCCUUGCCCUUCUACCCUACCAGUGACACCGUGGAGUCGGUCAUAGAGUCUGCCCUUGAUGACUUGGACCUGAAUGAGUUUGGAGUAGCUGCCCUGGAAAAGUCAUUCGACAGCAGCACAGUGCCUCACCCAGGUGGCAUCAUGAUUGGUGGCAGUUUGUUACAGAGCUCUGCCCCUGUAAACAUCCCUGGCUCCCUGGGCAGCUCGGCUUCCUUUCAUUCUGCCUCUCCCUCUCCUCCGGUCAGCCUUUCCUCACACUUCCUCCAGCAGCCCCAGGGCCACCUGAGCCAAUCAGAAAACACUUUCCUGGGGACAUCAGCAUCACAUGGAUCUUUAGCAGGUUUAAAUGGAAUGAACAGCAGUAUCUGGGAGCAUUUUGCCUCUGGGAACUUCUCCCCAGGCACCUCGCCCGCCUUUCUGUCCGGCCCAGGGGCUGCUGAGCUGGCCAGACUGCGACAGGAGCUGGAGGAGGCCAAUGGAACCAUCAAGCAGUGGGAGGAGUCAUGGAAGCAGGCCAAGCAGGCCUGCGACGCCUGGAAGAAGGAGGCGGAGGAGGCCAGUGAGCGGGCUAGCGCCGCGGGCCUGGAGUGCGAGCUGGCCCGGGAGCAGCGGGACGCCCUGGAGGUGCAGGUGAAGAAGCUGCAGGAAGAGCUGGAGCGGCUGCACUCCGGGCAGGACCCCCAGGCCCUGUGCUCCUUCUCCGACCUGGAGGCCCUGUCGCUCUCCACCUUGUACUCCCUCCAGAAGCAGCUCAGGGCCAACCUGGAGAGAGUGGAAAAGGUGGUAUUCCAGAUGCAGUCCCCUGCAAAGUGUCUCAAGUGUCAGGAGCAGCAUCGGGUGGUGCUCCAGUGCCAACAUGCCGUGCUGUGUGAGCUGUGUGCGGAGGACAGCGAGUGCCCCGUCUGCCACCCGAGCUGUGCCCGCCCUCCUCUGCAGUCAUGACCCCCGGGCCAGGAGGCAGCACCUAGAACUUUUUAAAUACUGUGUGGGUGGGUGGGGGGUGGCCCCCUCCAGGGCACGCUCACAGACACACACGCACAGUGUGUGUGUGUGUAUGUGUGUGUGCGUGUGCAAGGACAGAUGUGUGAAGGGUCUCCGUGUGUAUAUCUGUGUAUAGACACACACUUAAAACAGAGCUGAGUUACCAAGCACUUUUAAAAAAUAUUUUGCAGCCCUACCCUCACCCAUCCCCCUCCCUUCCCUGCUUCAGAAACAAAUCUGUUCCCCAACCCCGUCCCGAGCCCCUGUGGCAGAGUCUCUUUAUGUCUCUUUUUUAAAACUUAGGAAAUAACUUUUUUAAAAUCUUUGAGACAAAAAUCAGAUGGGGAAAUUGAGAGGAAAGGGAGAAAUGAAGUCUAGGCCCCUGGGAAAGCAGAGACCCAGAAGAAACGGGCCUCUCCCAAGGCCCCCCACCCCUGUCCCUAAGAUAAGGGACCCUAAAUACCAGUCCCCGUACUGUCACCUUUUUAAAUUAGCAAACACUUGGAAUCCAGAGGGGAUUCUGAGCUGGUGGAGGAUGGGGUGAUAAUAACUGACUCUUAACUCCACUAAAAGUAUUGUAUUUUUUUAAAAUCAAAUUAGCAUUAUAGUGCAACUGAAGAGCUGGUUGGCCCUGGGCAGUGAAGGCCCCACCUAUUUAAACCCUGGGUGGGUUGCCCAACGUUUCCCUGCCUCCCAGAACUUAGAGGUGUCUCAGUAUCCCCCUUGCAAUGGCAGAAGGUUGAGACUUUUGCCUCUUUCUAAAUGUUAGAAAUUAAGAGUGUCGGGAGUGCGAGAGCCUGUAGCCCUGAGAGGCUCCUUCCCUAUGUUUUGUGGAAGGGUUAGGGCUGGAGAAUGUAGCAGAAUUAAGGUCAGUGGUGCUCUUUUGUAAUUUUCCCUCUUGCCCCUUUCUUGGGGCUGCUCCCAGCCCACGGCCCUCCACUCUCACAAAUUCUAAUCUCUGUACAGUGGAAGACUCGAGACCACCACUAAUGCAGUAACCAAGACUUGGGGGUUUGUCCUGCACCAACGCAGCGUCCCCCAAAUCAGGACCCCUUCCCCAAAGUACUCGGCGAGGGCGGGUGAGGAGUGCGGGUGAGAGCCUGCCCUCACGCGCCUCCGGGCUAGGCCUUCGUGGGCUCGGGCGCUGGCCAGGAGCCUAAGAUUGCCAGCCGGGCCGGUACUCCUUUUCCACCCCCCUGGCUUUGUCCUCUGUUUCCCCUUCAGAUGCUCCACCCUCCUCCCAGGCCUCAGGCAGCUACUUGGGGAAAGCCCCGACCUGGAGGAGGGCGCCGCCCUGGUGGCCGGAGCUGAGGACCAGGGCAGAGGGCCGCAGCCUCCCAGCCAGGAGGGGGUGAAGAUGCAUUCCCAGGUGCUUUCCAAGUGCAGCUGUUUUUCAGUCACUGUUUUCAGUGAGGAUGUGUGUGUGCAUGUGUGUGCGCGUGUGCGUGUGUCUCCAAUGUAUAUUAUUGUCUUAGCUUCCAUUUUAAAAAUUCUUUUGUACAGAGAGAUACUGGGGCUUGGGGGGGCGCGGAUGGUUGGAGAUGGUGGUGACCCCGGCACGGCGGCCGGUGUCUAUGCCAUGGUGUGGGGUGGAGGAGGAGGCUGGGCCAAGGGCUCCUCUUCAAACCCUCACAGGCUCAAUGAGAAAAGGGCUUUUGAUGAAAUAGGUGAAAUUUUUCUCUUUUUAAAAAAGAUACUGAAACAAACAAAAAAAAAAACCACCCUCCCAGCCAUUGGAAAUAAAGUAUGAAAUUGAA